UAAAAACAAUAUAGAUUUCCUCAACAACUAUAAUCAGCAUCAUUUGCCUUUGUGGAAAACUCAAGUGUACCUGCGACCCCUCCAUCUUUUUAAUUAAGUGCUCUUAAAAGUGGCUUAUUAUAGAUGAAAAACUAAUUAAAUAACUCACUGGAUUAAGUCUGCUGCAGCUGCAAUUUCACCACAUAUUUAAAUAACUCUCACAGAUAGUGUUGAAUACAUGCAGUGAGACGAGAUUAAGCAGUAAUUACAGAAAAGUAGAGGAAAAAGUGGCCAUGGAUUAUCAUAGCCUAUCCAGGAUGAUUUAAUCCGUGACGCAGCAGAAUAACAAGGCAGUGCGCCAUCCGCGUCGCAGGCAGUCUCCCGAGACUAGAACCCAAACACACCGGCAAGCAUGUUGCGUUUGUCUCUUGUGAGUCGGAGUAUUUGUCCAGCAGCAAUCAUCAAAGGAAGUACGGCUGCAACGAACAAUGUGCUUGAAGCUCGCACUGCAGCAACAGCAGCCGCCAAUAAUUUCCUGGAGGUGUUCGUGGAUGGGAACCCUAUCAUGGUGGAGCCAGGAACCACCGUGUUGCAGGCAUGUGAGAAGGUAGGCAUGCAGAUUCCUCGCUUCUGCUACCAUGAGCGCCUGUCAGUUGCAGGAAACUGUCGCAUGUGUCUGGUGGAGAUAGAGAAAGUUCCUAAGCCAGUGGCAGCUUGUGCGAUGCCAGUCAUGAAGGGCUGGAACAUUUUAACCAACUCUGAAAAAACAAGAAAGGCGAGAGAGGGUGUGAUGGAGUUCCUACUGGCUAAUCACCCAUUAGAUUGUCCAAUUUGUGAUCAGGGGGGAGAAUGUGAUCUCCAGGACCAGUCCAUGCAGUUUGGCAGUGACAGGAGCCGCUUCACAGAGGGAAAAAGAGCUGUGGAAGACAAAAACAUCGGCCCCCUUAUCAAAACCAUUAUGACCCGCUGCAUCCAGUGCACUCGCUGUGUGCGCUUUGCCAGUGAGAUUGCAGGUGUGGAGGACCUGGGUACCACUGGCAGAGGCAAUGACCUGCAGAUUGGGACUUAUGUGGAGAAGAUGUUCAUGUCGGAGUUAUCUGGGAAUGUAAUCGAUAUAUGCCCAGUGGGGGCCCUGACCUCUAAACCAUAUGCAUUCACUGCUCGCCCUUGGGAGACCAGGAAGACUGAAUCCAUUGACGUUCUGGAUGCUGUGGGUAGUAACAUUGUGGUGACCACUCGGGGGGGUGAGGUGAUGAGAAUCUUGCCUCGUCUUAAUGAGGAUGUUAAUGAGGAGUGGAUCUCAGACAAAACUAGGUUUGCGUAUGAUGGACUCAAAAGGCAGAGGCUUACUCAGCCAAUGGUGAAAAAUGAGUCUGGGCAGUUGGUUGCCACCACCUGGGAAGAUGUGCUGACUCGAGUUGCUGGAGCAUUGCAAGGAGUCGAAGGAAAUGCUGUUGCUGCUAUUGUUGGAGGCUUGGUCGAUGCAGAGGCUCUGAUUUCCUUGAAGGAUUUGCUAAACCGUUUGAAUAGUGACAACCUGUGUACUGAAGAGGUCUUCCCAGAGGCUGGAGCUGGAUCUGACCUGCGUUCAAACUAUCUUUUAAACACCGGGAUUGCUGGCAUUGAGGAAGCUGACCUGAUGCUUCUGGUUGGCACAAAUCCACGCUAUGAGGCUCCUCUCUUCAAUGCACGAAUCAGAAAAAGCUGGCUUCACAAUGAGUUGCAAGUGGCUCUAUUGGGAAAGGAAGUGGACCUAAGUUACACAUAUGACCAUCUUGGGGAGUCUGCCCAGGUUCUUCGAGAUAUUGCAUCAGGAACUCACCCAUUCUCCCAGGUCUUGGCUAAAGCUAAGCAUCCUGUUGUUGUGGUUGGAAGCAGUUGUCUGCAGACAGAGGACGGCGCUGCGAUAAUGGCUGCUGCGUCAACCAUUGCUCAGAACGCUUGCAUCAGCAGUGGCGCUGAGGAAACCUGGAAGGUUCUCAAUGUGCUUCACAGGGUUGCUAGUCAAGUGGCUGCACUUGAUCUUGGAUACAAACCAGGUGUGGAUGCGAUCAGAAAGAACCCACCCAAAGUUCUGUUCCUACUUGGAGCAGAUGCUGGCUGCAUUACUCGCCAAGACCUCCCAAAGGAUAGCUUCAUAAUCUAUCAAGGUCACCAUGGCGAUGCUGGGGCAUCAAUGGCUGAUAUCAUACUUCCUGCAGCUGCAUAUACUGAGAAAUGUAGCACCUAUGUGAACACUGAGGGCCGUGCCCAGCAGACCAAAGUGGCUGUGACUCCCCCGGGCAUGGCAAGGGAGGACUGGAAGAUCAUCAGAGCCAUAUCUGAGCUUGCUGGAGUGACUCUGCCAUAUGACACCCUUGAUGAAGUGCGUGAUAGAAUGGCACAGGUUUCCCCAAAUCUGGUGCAAUAUGAUGAUGUUGAGGAGGCCAACUACUUUAAGCAGGCGAAUGAACUGUCUAAGGCAGUGAACCAGGCUGUCCUUACUGGACCUUUAGUCCAUCCACAGCUUACUGUGAAGGACUUCUAUAUGACAGAUCCAAUAAGCAGAGCCUCCCAGACGAUGGCCAAGUGUGUGAAAGCUGUCAGUGAGGGAGCACAAGCGGUGGACGAGCACAAUGGCUCGAGGAUGGCUAUCUAUUGUGCUAAAGCACAAUAGAUAGCCAUCGAAUCCUUGAAAAAAAAAAAUUAUAUAUAUAUAUAUAUAUAUGCACAACUCAGCUAUUUGCACAUGUCUAGAAUUGUUUAUAUUUGCACUGUUUUAUUAUAGUAGGUGCCUCAUCAUCUAUCCAAAUUAUGGAACUAACACAGGUUAUUUAUUAACCUGCAGUUGAUAUGUAUGCUUAUUUUACCAAAUCUCCAAAGAUGCACUCUUAAAGUUUUACGUUUUCACCUCUUAUUACUUUUUAAUAGGUGUAACCAAAGGUUUAAAAUCCUUAUUCAAAAGUAAAUAUAGUAUAUUGUCUUCUUGUAAAAUUGCAAACAUUAAAAGUGUUAAGAUUAUAUUUUAAGAUGUAUAUUUUAAGAUGUAUAUUGGAAGAUAUAUAUUUUCAGAUGUAUAUUGGAAGAUAUAUAUUUUCCUAAAGGUAUGGAGUAUAUAGUAUUACAAGUAUGGCUUGUAAUGAACCUCGCUAUUUAACUUUGUGUUCCUAUUAAAAUAUGUCAAAAGUAUCA